AUGGCGCUCCAGGUCCUGUCCUCGGGCCUGGGCUCCGUGAAGAAGGCGGCGUCCGGGAACCGAGUUACUCAGCGAGAGACCCCGCUAGAAAAGAACCUCAGAGAGGCCACUUCAAACCAAAAUUGGGGCGUGCCUAACAGCCAGCUCCAUGACAUCGCUCGCGCAUCCUUCGACUUUCAGGAGUACCAGACCAUAAUCACUGAAAUUUGGGCUGGACUGCAGGAAACGAAGUCCAGAUGGCGGCGGGUCUUGAAGACCUUGAACCUGGUGGAGUUUUUGGUCAAAAAUGGCAGUGAGCGAAUCAUUGAUGAAAUUCGCCGCGACCAAUACAAGGUGCGCCCACUUAUGGACUUUAGCUACUCGGAAGAUGGCAAAGACAAGGGCGCGGCUGUUCGCGAAAAGGCCAAGGCUAUCUUGGAGCUUGUGAGUGACAACGAGCUACUGCGCUCGGAACGGGACAAGGCCCGCACACACAGGGAGAAAUUCAUGGGCAUGCUCUUGUCUCAUCUCAAUCAGUACGACCCGUACGUAGAAAACAAGAAGUUCGAUGAAGCGCGUCGCAGACGAGAAGAUGAGCGCGAUGAGCGUGACCGAAGGUAUGACCGGGACGACCGAGACCGCCGGCGCAGGGAUGACCGUGACGACCGUGACUACGACCGUAGAGACCGCGACGACCGGGACGAUAGACGCCGGAGUGAUGACAGGGAUGAAAGAGACAGUCGUCGCCGGGACUAUGACUAUGAUGAUAGGCGAGAUCGUGACGGACGCCGCAGAGAUUAUGAUGAUGAUCGUCGUGACUCAAGAAGGGAUCGGGAUGAUCGAGACCGAGAAGAGCGCGACCGCCCAGCAGAGAAGCCAGCGCCGCCGCAGACCAACCUACUCGACAUGGGCGACCCGACUCCCGCAGCGCCGGUACCUGCAGCCACUGCGCCGGCUGCGCAGGGAUGGGGUGCCUUUGAGGGUGGUGGCGGCUUCGCAGACUUUGCUGGCUCCGGCUCUGGCCCUGUCUCCGAUGGCUUCGGAGACUUCGUAGGAACAGCAGCCUCAGCCCCAGCGGCAGCUGCCACAGUGCCUGCAGGGCCGCAGGACGGAGACCUUUUCGGGAACGCUCCCUUCCAGGCAGCACCCACAGCCGCCGCACCUGUUGCUUCGUCUGCGCAAAUGCCUGACCUGUUUGCCACAAACACUGGUGGAGACUUCACGGGCUUCCAGGGAAGCUGCGGCGGCUGUGGCUGCGGAGGACCUGGCGGUGCAAGUGGCGGCUUCCAAGGUGGCUUCUGCUCUGGCCCUGGGCCCUGUGGGAGUGCUGGAUGCGGGUGCUCUGCCUGCCCGUCGGCUCCAGCCAUGGCUCCCUGCACGGGCAGCAUGUGUGGAAGCACCGCGCCAGCAAGCCAACCAGGCAGUCAGGUUGACACUGGAGGGUCCUUCUUGGAGGGCAUCUCAAGCAAGCUGCUGGACUUGAAUCUCAGCUCUGGCACUUCGCAGCCUUCUGGGCCUUCGGCACCAAACAACGGCAAGCCGAUGGGAGGUAUGGGAAUGGGCAAUGCCAUCGGCCCGGCCAUGGGCAAAAGCCCACCAAUGGUCCCAUGGCCGGGUGUGGGGCCUGCGGUGGCUGCAGUGGCUGCAGUGGCUGCGGUGGCUGCGGUGGCUGCGGCUGCGGCGGAUGCUGUGGCUGCGGCUGCGCAGGCUGCGGGGGCUGUGGGGCCUGUGGAUGCGGGGGCUGCGGAUGUGGGGGUUGCGGAGCUUGUGGUGGCUGUGGGCCAUGUGGUGCUUGCGGAGGUUGCGGUUGUGGGGGUUGUGGCUGUGGGGGUUGUGGGUGUGGGGGUUGUGGGUGUGGCUGCGGGGCCUGCGGAGGCUGCGGGUGUGCUGGCAUGA